AUGAUCAGUGUGUUGCAGUUUCUCGUGUCCGAGCGGAAGUUUUGCGCCUUCCGGAAACAUAUGCGUGUCCAUUCUUCUAGUGUUUGCCAGUUGCUAUUUGUUUCAGCAUAUUGUCAUUCAGACUGUUUCUUUCCUUUUCCUAUAUCUUUGUAUUCUCCUACGUUUCUACCCACUCUUACUUUCUUACUUUCUUCGUUUCUCCAUCUUUCUUUUGCCUUGUUUUUUUCCUUCUUCCCUUUCACGUUUUUACUUCUUUUUCUCGUCACUUUCUAUUACUUUCUUUCUUUCUUUCUUUCUUUCUUUCUUUCUUUUUUCUUUUUUUCUUUCUUUCUUUCUGUACUGGCGCUUUUCUCUCUCUCUCUCUCUCUCUCUCUCUCUCUCUCUCUCUCUCUCUCUCUCUCAUUUUGUUUCGUUCUUUAUUUUUGUUAUUUAUAUCUUUCUUUUUUUUCUUUCUUCAUUUCCUUCGACUUCCUUCUGUUUUCGGUGUUCUGUCUGACAUUUUCUUAUCUUUUUUUGACAUUAUCUCAGUCUGUUCCUAUCUAUCUAUCUAUCUAUCUAUCUAUCUAUCUGAGUAUGUUAUCUAUCUAUCUAUCUAAUCUAUCUAUCUAUCUGAGUAUGUUAUCUAUCUAUCUAUCUGAUAUGUUAUCUAUCUAUCUAUCUAUCUAUCUAUCUAUCUAUCUGAGUAUGUUAUCUAUCUAUCUAUCUAUCUAUCUCAGUCUGUUCCUAUCUAUCUAUCUAUCUAUCUAUCUGAGUAUGUUAUCUAUCUAUCUAUCUAAUCUAUCUAUCUAUCUGAGUAUGUUAUCUAUCUAUAUAUCUAUCUAUCUAUCUAUCUAUCUGAGUAUGUUAUCUAUCUAUCUAUCUAUCUGA